AUGCCACUAACGAGUCCGAUCAUUGACUUGACGCUAGAGGGGAGCGACACGUCUGACGUAGAGCAUGCACGGGCUGACGUUAGCGCCGCCAGAGCUGACUUGGAGAACACUGGGGCUGACGUAAGCGAUACAAGGACGGGCGUGGAGGAGUCUAGAGUCCCCAUGAACAUGGAAAGUACAAGGGCUGAUGGCGUGGAGCAGUCAACGGCUGACGUGGAAACGACAUCGGCUGACGUGGAACAGUCAACGGCGGACGUGGAAGCGAAGAGAGCCAAGGUGGACGAGGCAAGGACAGACGAGCAGGCCAGAGGGGGCGGGGAGGCUAUGAGUGGUGUAGGGGCGGAGACACGGGAUGAGCGCGAGGAGCGAGCAGGUGAGGCGACGGCAGGCAAGACAACGUCAGGUGGUGAAAUGGCAAUGGGGGCUGCGGAGUACGCUGGGGCGAGGGAAGGGGAGAGGGGAGCGGAUGGGGCGGAGAAGAUUGGCAAAGGGAGGAGAAAGAAAGGACGCCGAGAGGGGAGAGGAGAGGAGGAGGGGACGAUGACAGUGGCAGGCGAGGGACAGGCGGAGGCGUUGGAGGGCGGGCAGAAUGAAAACCAGGAGGACGGGCAGGAGAGGAAAAAGAAAAGGAAGAAGAAGUGGAAGGGCAAGGGAGCAGAAGGAGCAACGGGCGAUGGCGCAGCAGCGAAUCAACUGCAGGGCGACCAGUCGGAACCCCAAGAGAAGGCCCAGUCAGAGCCUCAGUGGAAAUCGGAAGCAGCAGGCGAGGCAGGGGGGGACGCAGGCGGGGAGAGCGUGGAGAUGCGGCGGCUGCUACGGCUGCCACGUUACUUCACACCGGCCGAGGGGCAGCACCAGUGCUACCUCUGUGGCCUCGUGCUCGCCGGGCCCCUUCCCCACGUCUGCCAGGGCGUGCAGCAGGGGGACGGGGGUGAAGGGGGAACUGGGGGAAGGGCGGGGGAGGGCGAGGGCGAGGGGAGGGGUGUGCUGCGUGUGUGGGGGGUUGGGGCAUUCGGAGCGGCGGUGCCCCGAGAGGGUGAUGUGUGUGCGCUGUGGGCAGCCGGGCCACGUGGUCAGGCACUGCCCCUCCCGCACGUGGACCCGGGCGCAGGGGGCGGCUGGGGAGGGAGGGAAGGGGGGGCAGCGGAGUGCAUGCGGUGUGGUGGGGAGGGGCACGUGUUUGGGGAGUGCUGGCAGCCGUAUGACCCCGCUGACCUGGCGAGGGUGCAGUGCCACGUGUGCCUGCAGUGGGGCCACCUGGCGUGCGCUGACCUGGCAGACCCGCCGCCCAAGCCGUCGUGCUGCUGCUGUGGCGCCAGGGGACACCACGGCGAGGUGAGCGGCAGCAUGAAG